ACACAAACCGUUUACUUUGAUGAUGACAAAAUUUCACACCACUGUUCUUCCAUCAUCAUCAUCAGCAGCAUAUUCUCCUAUCCAAUCAUCUACUAUUAUCUAACCCUCUCUCUUUUCUUCUCAUUAUUCUCACUCCCAUCCCAUCAAUCCUUUAUUCUUCUUCUUCUUCACGCCAUGGAUAUCGAUCAAGUCGUCGACCAAAACUCCAACUGGUUCUUCGAUUACGCCUUCAUGGAUGAUAUCUCCGCCCUUGCUUUUACCUCGGUUCCUGCUCUAAGUACCGAGGUUGAAAGCUCGUUUAUCGAAUUUGAAGGCCAUAAGGGGACGGGAUCACGAAAACGGUUAAAGUGUGAAGCUAUCAAUGAAUGUGGAUCUAAAGCCGGCCGAGAGAAAAUGCGCAGAGAUAGGAUGAAUGAGAGGUUUAUGGAAUUGGGUUCGAUGUUGGAGCCUGGAAGACCGCUAAAAACUGACAAGACUGCUAUCCUUAGCGAUGCUAUUCGAAUGAUAAAACAGCUACAAGAUGAUGCAGAGAAACUCAAUCAGUCAAAUGCUGAUCUGAAUGAAAAAAUCAAGGAAUUAAAGGCUGAGAAGACCGAGCUACGUGAUGAGAAGCAGAGGCUGAAAGUCGAGAAAGACAAGCUGGAACAACAAGUUAAAUCCAUCAACGGCGGUCAACCAGGCUAUCUAGCUCAUCCAGCGGCCAUGCGGGCUGCAUUUGCUGCACAAGAUCAAGCUGUUGGAAACAAGUUGAUGCCUUUUGUUAGUUAUCCAAGUGUUGCCAUGUGGCAGUUCAUGCCAUCUUCUGUGGUUGACACAACACAGGAUCAUGUCCUUCGACCUCCGGUUGCUUGAUCAUUCGGGUGUGUUCUCUUAUUUCCUUCCACUUAAUGUGUGACAUUUGGUUGCUUUUCUUGUUCCUGUGGAGCUUGAAGAAGUUUGUGAAGUAAUAUUGAUGUAAUGUAUAUCUAAAAUGACCAUUCUGUUUGUACUGUGUGAUGAGAAUUUGAACUCUGCUAGUUGAUGUAAUAAAAUCAUAUUUGUGACCGUCUAAAUUGCCGUUUA